AGAUUUCAAUCAGCUUUGUUCUUUCUGGUCACUUUUUGCCAAAAAGGCUAAAUCAAGGAUUUUUUAUUUAUUUAUUGUUCUUGAUUAGCAUUUCAUUUACAUUAAAAAAGCUUAACAGCUGUUGUGGUUGCACACUCCCGCAGGCACUCUUUGAAGCAAAAUUUAAAGAUAAAAAUGGCCUUUUAAAAAAUGCCAAUUUCAAGGCCAAGGAGAUACAAGUCAGGCUAUAAGAGAGGAGAAUAGAAAUGAAGAUACAAAUCCUCGAGGACACAAUAUUGUAAAGUGUUGAGCAUAUUUAACUCCCAUAGAAAUUAUUGACCUCACAGGAAGUUCUCAGCAGCACCGUGUAGGAUCUGGCAUAUACAGAGCAGAGACAGGAGGGUUGCUACUGAGUAUUUUGCAGCUUCCGUUCAAUUCAGGAGUUAAGAGAACUGAGCAUCUUGCAAGGAUGGGAGUGUGAGCGAGGCAUUCAUCUGAAGAACCUGUGAAUUCAGUCCCUGUUACCACUGAUCCUUGACUACAUGUGGAGCUCUGUUAACUUCAUUGGGCCCCUGCAUGCUCAUUGAAGUCCACCUAUGUGGAUGCAGUUCUAGGUUCACAGUUCAUUCCAUUAAGAGUUGAUCUUGUAAACAUUUAGAAUAUUCAGACCAAAUUAACUGAGGGCUUGUCAACACUUAAAAUGCUAUAGCGGUACAGCUGCACUGAUGCAGGUAUGCAGCUGUAGCUUCAGUGAAGGCACUACUUAUGCCGACAGGAGGGCUUCUCCCGUCAAGGAAAUGGCUCUUGAAGUUAAAUGAGACUGGAUAAAAAUUCAUGAAGCAGAGGCUGCUCUACAUGUGUUAAGACUAAAAUACCAGCAGAGUUUUUGAUGAGCCAGACUUGGUAGCUUGUCAUAAUGAAGAAAAUUAGUCUCAAAACAAUUCGCAAAUCCUUUAACUUAAAUAAAAGCAAAGAAGAAAGUGACUUUGUAGUGGUUCAGCAGCCAUCAUUAAGUGAAUUUGGAAAAGAUGACUCCUUGUUUGGCAGCUGCUAUAGUAAAGAUUUGGCUAGCUGUGAAGUUAACAGUGAAGAUGAAAAAGGUGGCAAAAAUAGAUCAAAAAGUGAAAGCAUAAUGGGUACUUUAAAAAGAAGGCUUUCAGCAAAACAAAAGCAGAAAGGGAAAGGCAGCACGCCAUCUGUAAGCUCUGCUGAUGACGAUACCUUUUCUUCCUCAUCUGCUCCAAUAACCUUUAAAGAUGUGAGAGCUCAAAGACCUCUAAGAUCCACAUCCCUCCGUAAUCACCAUUACAGUCCAACACCAUGGCCCCUUCGAUCGACAAACUCAGAAGAGACAUGUAUCAAAAUGGAAGUGAAAGUCAAGGCGUUGGUCCACUCCUCUAACCCAAGCCCAGCACUGAAUGGUGUUCGAAAGGACUUCCAUGACUUGCAGUCAGAUAGUGUGUUUCAAGAACAAAACAAUACAUUAAAAAGUACGGAAUCCCAGAAUGGGGACUUACAUCUUCAUAUUGAUGAACAUGUGCCUGUAGUUAUUGGACUAAUGCCUCAGGACUACAUUCAGUAUACUGUGCCUUUAGAUGAGGGAAUGUAUCCUUUGGAAGGAUCACGUAGUUACUGUCUAGAUAGUUCCUCACCCAUGGAAGUUUCAACUGUUUCUUCUCAAGUGGGCGGAAAUGCUUUUCAUGAAGAUGAGGGUCAGGUGGAUCAAGAUGUAGUUGUUGCUCCAGAUAUAUUUGUGGACCAGGCAGUGAAUGGUUUGUUGAUUGGUACCACAGGAGUCAUGUUGCAAAGCCCAAGAGUUAAUCACAGUGAUGUCCCUCCACUCUCACCAUUGCUACCUCCGAUUCAGAAUAAUCAAAUCCAAAGGAACUUUAAUGGACUGAAUGGCACAGAUGCCCAUGUGGCUGAAAGUAUGCGCUGCCAUUUGAAUUUUGAUCCUAACUCUGCCCCAGGAGUUGGAAGAGUUUAUGACUCUGUACAAAAUAGUGGUCCUAUGGUUGUGACGAGCCUCACAGAAGAACUGAAAAAACUUGCAAAACAAGGAUGGUACUGGGGCCCUAUUACACGUUGGGAGGCAGAGGGAAAACUGGCGAAUGUGCCUGAUGGUUCAUUUCUUGUUCGAGAUAGCUCUGAUGACCGUUAUCUUUUAAGCCUGAGUUUUCGCUCCCAUGGUAAAACCCUUCAUACUAGAAUUGAACAUUCAAAUGGUAGGUUUAGCUUUUAUGAACAACCGGAUGUGGAGGGACAUACUUCUAUUGUUGAUCUAAUUGAACAUUCAAUCAGGGACUCUGAAAAUGGAGCUUUUUGCUAUUCAAGGUCUCGAUUGCCUGGAUCUGCAACUUACCCAGUGAGACUGACAAACCCAGUAUCUCGGUUUAUGCAGGUGCGUUCAUUACAGUACCUGUGUCGUUUUGUUAUACGUCAGUAUACCAGAAUAGACCUGAUCCAGAAACUGCCUUUGCCAAACAAAAUGAAGGAUUAUUUACAAGAAAAGCACUACUGAAAGCUUAUGGGAAUCUUGCAUCUUGCACUUUGGGAACAAAAAAAAGAUUGAAAUACAGUUUACAAAUUUUCAUUGCUAUCAAAAUCUUUUGCUGCCAUAACAAUGUUUCAUUUUUGUGUGUAAAGGAGGGUAAUGCAUCUUUUUUGUUUGUUUAUGUUUGGUGUUUUUUGUUUGUUUGAGGGGGCUUUUUUUUUUUUUAAAGAAUGAUCACAAGAUUUUUAGAAGUGUGAAAUAGCUAUCUUUCAUCAAUGUGCAGAAAAUAAUCGCAAUGUGAAUGAUCAAAUUCUCCUUAAUUUCCCCAAGUGCUGCUAUCCACUGUGAUUUUUAUGCAUUGAGUGCAUUUCAUGUGUAUUCAACCAUAAGUAAAAGUGAAAUGAAACUUG